AGAAUAAGAAAGAAAGAGACACAAAGAGAACAAUACGAAUAUAUUGUAUAAUGUGGAAAUAUUUGUGUAAAUAAAAGCUAGUAGACCUACCACAUUGUGGCAGUUACGUUAAAGAUGUUAUUAUAUAAAUAUCUAUCAAAAAGUUUGUUACGUUCAACAAGAACAUAUAGAUUGAAAACAUUACUUCUUCGAGCAAAUCUCGAUUUAAAAGUGAAUAAAAAAUAUAGAGAGCAGUAAAUUUAAUCCAUACGUGAAAGUCCCACCAGACGAGGAAAUUGUGAUCUCUGGUAUCGCCGGGCGAUUUGCCAAUUCUGAUAAUUCAAAAAUGUUGCGACAAAAACUUUUGAAAAAGAUCUUGGUUCGGAGGACGAUUAACGAUGGAAUAACGAGCACUGAAGAAUUGUUUAGAAAGGAAGCUAAUCUUCAAGAUGUUUCAAUUGAAGACUCCCAACAAACUGAUUCUGAAGUAACUAGUGUUCUCUCUGCUUACAAAAGUGAAGGAGAUCCUGCAUUGUAUGAGAAAGCGUACAGUGAAUUGAAAAAAUUUGUAGAAGGAGCUCUGGACAUUUAUAAACAUGAAUUGGGCACCAUAUUAUAUCCAGUUUUGGUACACAUGUAUGUGGAAUUGGUUUACAAUAACCAUCCUGAAGAAGCAAAACAACUCAUGGAAAAGUUUCGUGGAAAUUUGGAAGAAUAUUAUCAAGAUGAUUUGAGACGAUUAUCCAAUGUGACAAAACGAGAACAAAUGGCAGGAAAUGAAUUAACUGAUACCUUAAAAUCUAAUCAGUUCAUAAUUAGAAUGUCAAGAGAUACUCUUUCUAUACUAAAACGACAUUUGCAAGAAAAGAAACAUAGUGUUUUAUUAAAUAUCAUACAAGAACACCUUUACUUUGACAUGUAUGAAGGUGUUGCUCGCAACAAACAACAGAUUGAUGCAACAUCUGGAGCUAUGGUGGGAGAAGCUACCAGACAAGAUAACAAAGCCAAGGUCUAUUAUGGACUUCUAAAGGAGCCAGAUAUUCAGUGUGUGCCACCAGCUGAAGAAGAAGAAGAUGAUACAGGUGGCGGAGAUGGAGAUAAACCAAAAAAGAAAAAAGCUAAAAAAGAUCCUUUAUUUUCAAAAAAGACUAAAUCUGAUCCAAAUGCACCACCUAUGGGCAGAAUGCCAUUACCCAAUCUGAAAGAUGUGGAUAAAUUAGAAAAAGUGAAGGCAUUAAGAGAAGCAUCAAAAAGAGUUGUUGUGGGACCUGAUGCACUACCAUCUAUAUGUUUCUAUACAUUGAUGAAUGCAGUUCAUACUGUGACAUCGGCAGAAAUAGCAGAAGACUCGAGUUUAUUAGCUACUGGAUUUCGCGAUUCUGGUAUAAAAGUAUGGAGUUUAAUCCCACAAAAAUUAAGACCAAUGAAAGCGGGCGAAGAAUUACAAGAUAUUGAUAAGGACGCAGAGGAUGUCCUAGCUAGGAUGAUGGACGAGCGCUCACCUGAGACAGCAAAAAAUUUAUAUGGUCAUAGUGGGCCAGUUUAUAGUCUUUCAUUUAGUCCAGAUAGGAAUCUUUUACUCUCAUCAUCAGAGGAUACAACAAUAAGGCUAUGGUCACUUCAUACAUGGACGUGCGUCGUCUGCUACAAAGGUCACUUGUUUCCUGUGUGGUGUGUAAAAUUUUCACCACAUGGUUAUUACUUUACAAGUGCCUCGUAUGACAGAACUGCUAGGCUGUGGGCAACUGAUUCGCAUCAACCAUUACGAAUAUUUGCUGGUCAUUAUUCAGACGUUAAUGUAGUCCAAUUUCAUCCAAAUUCAAACUAUGUCGCAACUGGUUCAAGUGACAUGACAGUGAGAUUAUGGGACUGCGUAAGUGGCAGCCAAGUUCGUCUAAUGACUGGACACAAAGGGCCCACUUAUUCUUUAGCUUUCUCAACAGAAGGACGAUUCCUAGCCUCAGCUGGUACUGAUCAUCGUGUACUAGUAUGGGAUUUGGCGCAUGGACAUCUUGUCGCGGCCUUGUCAGGGCAUACAGGCAAUAUUGAAUGUCUAUCUUUUAGUCGCGAUGGCAAUAUUCUAGUCUCAGGAUCCUUGGAUUGUACAGUGAGAUUAUGGGACUUUACAAAAUUGGCGGAGGAAAUGAGCUUGGAAGACGUCAACGUUUCGCACAAUCCGGAUGUGAAAGUUAACUCCGAAUCAUAUUUAUUACGUACUUUCCCUACGAAAAAUACAUCUAUCAUGACAUUACAUUUUUCACGUAGAAAUUUACUGCUAGGUGUUGGCAUGUUCGAGUCAACGUAAUAGAUGCGAAGAAACAGAAAUUUAUCUUUUCAUGCAUAUACAAAAUUUCAAUUAUAAUAGUUAUAUGUAUUUACAUACAGAAAUAUAUAUUAAUAAAUUUUUCACAUUUAUCUUU